AGGCCCCGCCAGACCAGCCAAUCCCCUUCCACCACGAGAUGGCCCAGGUGCCCUCAUUUCCCAGUGUGCUGUUCUUCUACUGUGAGGUGGCGCCCCCUAGCGGCGGGCAGACGCCCCUGGUCCUGUCUCACCACGUCUACACAGCCAUGGCACACAAACACCCGCGCUUUGUUCAAGAUGUGGUUCAACUCCAUCAUCGCCGCGUACAAAGGGUGGCGAGACUGCCGUAACUGCCCGGAGCGAGCGGUGACCUUCGGGGACGGGAGCCCCAUGCCCCCUGACGUCAUGGACGACCUUGACCUCACGCUGGACCAGCUGGCCGCCGACGUGACGUGGCAACAUGGCGACGUGUUCAUGGUAGACAACCGACAGGUGCUGCACGCGCGCCGACCUUUCACCCCGCCCCGGAGGAUUUUGGCGGCACUGGCCAAGUAGCCACACUGGAACCCACAUCCCACACACCCCACCACACAUCCCACUCACCCCACACAUCUCACUCACCCCACACAUCCCACUCACCCCACACAUCCCACUCACCCCACACAUCCCACACAUUGGGCCCACGGUCGGUACCAAGCUCUGGCGGGAGUGAGCAGACAAAGACAAAAUGGCGGACAGCCACUUGCCUUGUGACGUCACAUUUGUAGACAUUUCCUCCUUGUUUCUUCUCGGGUCUCUGAGUAGCGAGCGCCAAAGUGACAACCGUGGGCCCAAUGUGUGGGGUUUGUGGGGUGAGUGGGGUGAGUGGUGUUUUGGGGGUGGAAUGUGUGGGUUUGUGGGGUGGAAUGUGUGGGUCUCUGAGCGAGCGCCAAAGUGACAAUCGUGCCAAGCCGCACAGGGAGAAGAAGUUACACGAUGUUGUCCUCACUCUUCUGUUGAUACUGUAAAUAAAAAUACUUUGAUUUUUCCAAACCACUCUAAAA